CCUUUGGACAGCCGCAACAACCGCAACAACCGCAACAACCGCAGACUAACCCGAUGUUUGGCAAUCUUGGUGGGCAGCCGAAUCAACCUGCUUCUACCGGUGGCUUUGGUGCAUUUGGUGCUACCGGCACGGCCGCCUCGGGAGGGUCUCUUUUCGGUCAGCCAAAGCCAACGACCGGUUUCGGGACGUUUGGAAGCGGAGCUGGGACAUCGGCAUUUGGGUCAACGGGGGGCACGUUUGGCUCGACGGGCACCGCGGGGCCAUCAGGAACAACGAGUCUCUUUGGAAAUCAGCCAACUACCACAACAACUGCAUUUGGAGGAGGGAGUAGCUUAUUUGGUGCGAACAAGCCUGCGACGGGAUUUGGUACUCUUACAGGUGCCGCCGCGGCUCCAGUAACCACUGGUACUGCCAACCCGCCUUUUCAGCCUUUUCCUGAGAAAGAUGUCGCAAAUCCCGGUGUCAUUCUGCAGUAUCAGAGUAUCACAUGCAUGCCAGCAUAUCGUGGCUCUUCCUUUGAGGAGUUGCGCGUGCAAGAUUAUCAGCAAGGUCGCAAGACCUCGGGGUCAUUCGGGCAGACGUCUUUUGCUGGAACCGCUCAGCCGUCUGCUGGACUAUUCGGGCAAACAGGCCAACCUACUGCCCCUGCAGCCAAUCCUGUAUUCGGUGGCUUUGGGACGACGGGCGCUAAUCAGCCAGCUGCAGGAGCAUCCGGCGGCGCAUUUGGCGCGUUCGGGCAGCCUAGCACUGGCACAACAGGCAUUAGUUCAUUUGGUGGCUUCGGGCAGCAGCAGCAGCAGCAGCCGCAGCCGCAAGCGGGCGGAUUCGGCACCUUUGGUCAACAACAACAGCCGGCUGCUGGCACCAGCACAUUUGGCGGAGGUGCCUUCGGCGCUCAACCUCAACAGAAGCCUGCCUUUGGAACAUUCGGAGGCACUGGGACGACCAGUACGUUUGGUGGAACAGGGACCUUUGGUCAGCCUCAAGGUCAACAGCCAGGCACCAGUACCAACAUAUUUGGACAACCACAGCAGGGUACUGCAGGAGCUUUCGGCCAAAAUGCUCCGAAACCGUCCAUCUUCGGGGCACAGCCUGCGCAGCAGCCUACUGGCUUCGGUACAUUUGGCACCCAGCCGCAACAGCAGCAGGGUGCUCAACCGACUGGAGGUCUCUUCGGUGGCGGUGGCUUGUUUGGCACUACCGGCCAACAGCAGCAGCAGCCGCAACAGGGGACUAGUUUGUUCGGCAAUCAACCGACGCAGCAGCCUGCAGGCGGCGGUCUAUUCGGACAAGGGGGCUUGUUUGGAACUCCACAGAGCCAACAGCAACAGCAGCAGCAGCAACAGCAGCAGCAACAGCCUGGCCAAACAGGCGCCUUCAACAUCUUUGGAGGUGCCAAACCGGCUGGCACAGCAACGCAGGCUCAGGGGACCGGGCUGUUCGGCAGCACGCUCUUCAGACCACCGGCGCAGACUACGACGACGCAGCCUACAGACCUGUUCAGAACUCCGAUUGGUCAGCAGCAGGGCAUUCAGCAAGGCGGAUUCGGCGGCGGCGGCCUCUAUGGCCCCGGGCCGGCGGCCCCGUCGUUGGGCACAAUGCCAUCGAUUCAGCAAGGUGGAGGUCUGGGCGGCUCACUUUUCACUGGCGGGUUUGGCCCUUCUGCUGCACCUGGGACCACAUCGAUGUUAGGGCAGAGCGCUCAACCCCAACUCACUGCAUCGAUUGCACAGCCUAUUGCGACCAACUUGCCGAUAUACAGCAUGCUCCCUCCAGGUCCACGUGCAAUACAGCUUGAACAGCCAAAGAAAAAGUCGUCCUACUUCUCGGAGAUCCCGACGCGCACGCCUGUGCCACGUAUUGGCCUGAACUACGUGCCCGCGACGUCGAAGCUCCGCGGCUUCACGUCUACUUCAGGCCUUGCUGGCAGCACCUCGGAGUCGUUCGCCACCAGCAAGCCUGGCGUGCUGUCACUGAGCAAACCGCCUAGCAGCAAGUUAGACACAGAGACGUUCUUGACCGGCGGGGGACCAAGUCCAGCCCUGGGCAGCGCCGGGCGGCAGAGCGUGAAAAAGCUCAUCCUCGACAAGAGGGUGAAUGCAGCAGAUAUCAUGAAGAGCAGGACCGGCAUCUACGGUAAGGUGACGUUCAACCCUGCGCUGAGCAUGGCGGCUCGGAAGGCGGACGCCGCCGCAGCGGGCUUGUUGCCUGAGACCGGUGCAGCCCAGUCAUUGGCGGGCUCGCUUGGCAGGACGGCCAAUCGCUUCUCCGCACAACCCGCAGAGAAGGGUGCUCCUGAGAAGGCAGUCAGCUUCGAGGAACUCAAGGAAGGCGACUAUUACGUGAAGCCUGAUCUUGCUACUCUGCAGAAGCUCAGCCACGAGGAGCUCGUCUCUUUGAAGGGCCUAGUAGUAGGUCGGAAAGGCUACGGGGACAUCACCUUCUUGGAGCCUGUUGACCUCACCAAUGUGCCGAAGCUCGCUGGGUUGCUCGGCGACCUCAUACGCUUCGAGGACAAGGAGUGCACCGUAUAUCCCGAAGGCGAUGAGGCAGAGAAGCCGCCAAAUGGAGAGGGUCUAAACGUCAAGGCGAGGAUUGAGCUCCUGCACUGUUGGGCGCUGGACAAGGAGAAGCGGGAGCCGAUCAAGGAUGAGAAUAAUAAGAUCUUUAAGAAACAUCUGGAGCGGCUGAAGAAGAUGAAGGACACGCAUUUCGAGUCGUUCGAGACCGAGACCGGAAAAUGGACCUUCACUGUUGAUCAUUUCUGAAGUGCAUUGUUUCGUUCAUGUCUUUUGCUUGUAUCUCAAUGUUGUUCCCCUACAUGUAUGUAGUGGUCUGUCUGAGUUUUUGAAUCAAUGGAAGUCUUGCUUUGAAAUGAGC